AUGACAAGCCGCUCUGAUGUCGAGCUCGGUGCCCACACCGAUUCGUCGCUGUUGCCUGGACCGCGGAAGACGCAGGAGACGCAGGCCAAGCGCGGCGGGCUCAUUGUGCGCCGGCCCCAGUCCACGCCAGAGCGCCUCAUCUUCCCGUUCUUCAAGACGCGCUGGUGCUCGACCCGCAACGCCUUGGCCGACAACAUGCUGCAGGUUCCAGAGGAGCUUGCCCGGCACGGCGUCACACAGGAUGACUGGCAGCUGUGGAUGGACAAGCUGGAAACAAACGUGCAGCCAAAGAGCACCAGCAUGUGCAGCUGCAUCUUCGGCAUCGCCUUCCUCCUCCCCAUCCCGAUCCUCGUCGUGCGUCAGCGCCGCUACCAGCGCGCCGUGAAGCAGUGGCUGGACGGCUUCAACAAGGAGGUGUUCCAGCCGCUUGGCCUCUACGCCACCACCCAGACCGGCGUUGUCCAGAUCAACCGCUCGCGGGAGGAGAUCAGCUGGCUCGCCGUCGCAACCACGCACGACGAAGCAGACAACCUCAUGCAGGAGCCGCACAUGUGGUACUACAACAUGGUCACUGGUCGGCUGGACGACAUCUCCGACAGCUGCUGCUCCUGCUGCGUGCCCAAGUCAUUCUGCGGCACGGAGACAACACCCGACACCACAUGA